GACGGCAAAGAAAAAGGCGGCCUCUUUGUUACAACGUUUCAAAUUCUCGACUGAAGUGGACAAACUGCGUAUUGUGUGUCGUGGUGAGUUAAAUAAUGGCUGACGAAAUUAAAAACCUUUCAUCAUGCACAAAAAUCGAUGGUACCGAAAUAAGCUACUCGAGAAAAGACGUGCUCGGGAGUGGCACUUUCGGUACCGUUUAUCUUGGCAUCUUUGAGGAGAAACAAGUAACCAUUAAGAAAAUUCAGUUGAAACAUCAGUCGACAGUAAAAGAAGAUCGUGAAGUAAAAAACCAACUAGAAGCUGAAGGGCACGAAAACGUUGUACAAAUAUUCGAAACUGUACAAGAUCUUGAUUUCAGAUACAUUGUCAUGGAGUUGUGUGCCGGAACCCUUGGGGAGGUGAUUGAAAAGAAGUAUAAGGGACCACCACUUCCACCCGAUGAUAAAGUCCUCUAUCAAAUGGCCAAUGGCUUACACCAUAUCCACUCACAAAAACUUAUUCAUAGAGACAUCAAGCCUGCUAAUGUUCUGAUUUCGUACGCAGGCCGAAUAAAAUGGUCUGACUUUGGAAUUAGUAAGCAAAUAAGCACCCGCGACACUUGUUCUAUGAGUAGUGGGCUGAAAGGAACUCACUCGUGGAUGGCUCCGGAAUUUUGUCAAAUCGGAAAUAACAAGUCGAUUAAAGCGACACCCAUGAGUGAUGUGUUCCCAUGUGGUUGUCUUUUCUUCGUUUUUGUCACUCGCAAGGAUGGAGGAAUCCAUCCGUUUGGAGACACGAACGACCCUAUCACCAUACAAGUCAAUAUUCGGGAUGAUGAACAAGUUAACAUUAACAAAUUACAACCCAGCCACUUUGCGGCACCCAUUAUUCAAAAAAUGAUUGAGCAUCUCCCAGAAAAAAGAAUUCCUCUUUCGGAAGUGAAGGAACUGCUCUUAAGUGUGUCUACAGACGAGCGUGAUGGGCCUUCGGAUAACGGCUGGGGAGUUUCCGGAUUUCAGCCGCUUUACAAUUUCUCAGAUCCUCCGUCCAACGUAAUGAGCUUCUUUGCUGCAAGAGCAAAGAUGGAAGUACGAGGAGGAAUUUUGAUUCGACAUGACCCAGGGAAUCCGGCACAUCCGGCUGUUGGCAAUUCCAUGUACCCUGGCGGGCCUCCUGUGGGCUUUAACCCGAGUGCCAUGAGCGGAACUCAUCCGUACCCAUUACUGUACCCCGUAAGCUUUAACGGCUAUCCAGGUGGAGAUCCGGUUGGGGUCCUGCCCCCUUGUCCAGGAGGAUCAUCGUUUGGUGGCUAUGGCCAACGACAACCGCCGCAGCAGCCGAUUCUAGCCCGCGUGAAAUGUGAAACUGUUAUGGCCCAACCCAAUGCAAAUUCGUCGUUCCAAAUAACUUUGAUUAAUGAUGACACGAAAAAGAGUUAUAUGAAAAAGGAUAUCCUUGGCAAAGGCUCUUUCGGCAUCGUUUUUCGUGGUUCCUAUCAUGAUGAAGAAGUUGCUGUCAAAAGACUCGAGUUAGAAAGAUUGGACCCAGAUGACCGUGAAAUCAAGUUGCAGAUAGAACUUGAGCACGAAAAUGUUCUCAAAAUCUUGUCAGUCGAUGAAGGUGAAGAUUAUAAAUACAUCUUUCUGGAAUUGUGUGCGGGCACACUUAGCGAAGUUAUUAACAAUAAAUAUAAGAGUCCUUCGCUUCCGACCGACAAACAAGUCAUGUACCAAAUAGCUGAUGAUCUCGACUACAUUCACUCGAAAAAUGUGAUCCACCGUGACAUCAAACCUGAAAACAUUUUGAUUUCUAUGACGGGCCAAAUGAAACUAUCGGAUUUUGGUUUGAGUAAACACAUCAGCACCGGAAGUAUGUAUUGUUUCAGUGGACUUAAGGGGACUCUUUUAUGGAUGGCAGCUCUACUCUAG